GCUCCCGCGAGAGUUGACGUUACUGGCUUUCGACGCGGACAGGUCGGCUCAUUUCGACGGUAGAGUCGAACGGUGGUGCAUAGCUCGACAGCUGAUCUCUCGGAGUGUUGGUGGUGCGUCUUUUAGAUCGGCCUCUCCUUGCGUCCCUUUUUUCUCUCUUUGUUUUUUCUUUCUUUCUCUUUUUCUCUUUCUCUAUUUCUAUCUCUCCAUCUAUCUAUCUCUAUCUAUCUACCAAUCUAUCUAUCUCUUUCUUAUUCUCUAUUUCUUAUCCCUGUUUAUUAAACUCUACCGUCAUAAACAUUUUUACAUCAAAAUAUUAAGUGUGCCUGUGUACUUGAACCGAUAAGCCCACGCAAACUCUGUGGGCUUUUCCUUUUUAUCUGGGUGUUUGACAGAAAAAAAAAACCAACAAACAAAAAAGCAAAUAAAUAAAAAGAAAAGAUAAAAAAAAAAGAAAAAAAAGAUAAUAAAAAAAGAAGAGGAAGAUUAGAAAAGUGGGCGAAAAAAGAGUGUCAUGAAUCGUGGGGUGCGUUAUCGGUAACGGAGAAGCAAAAGGAUCUUUUGCCAAAGAAGGAUCCACGGUCACUAUAGUGAUAGUUCGAAUUAGUGUUCCUUCGAUCACUGCUUGUCCAUUUCUUUUUUCUUUUUUUUUUUUUUUUUGGUUCUUUUUUUGUUGAAGUUUUUUUCUCGUUUGUUUGUUCGUGAGAAAGAAGAAAAUAAAACAAAUAAAUAACGGGAGGAUUUCUACUGCGUCGGCAGGGAUUAUCCAAAUAAAAAGGAACAACCCGAGGAUGCUUCGAUUUUUCUUCGGUGGGUUAUGAAUUCGGAUAUAACGGAGAAACACCAAACCCAUCAGCAUCAGCUCGUCGUUCUACGAAUCGGAUUAUGGCAGAUUUGAAGAAUCUCAGUUUGAGUGGAGGAGGUGGAUCGAGAUAUAAUGGCGACGAGCAGGUACAAUUUAUUGCCGGUGGAAGUCAUCAAGUGACAAUCAGAUCACCACCGCCAUCUUUACACUUGGAGAACCUCAAUAAUGCGGUCCUUGGAGGCUCGCAGAACAAUCUUCAGUGCAGUUGCAACGGUGUCACAUCAAACGGGUCCGCAGGCACAGCUUGCACCGGAGGAGUGCUUGCAAGGAAAGUUCCAAAUCAUAGCGGCGCCAGUCCUGGACAAGGAAACAAAAGGCCGGCGGUUUCACUGACGCAUCUACCAAAAAGGCCACCGGUCGACGUCGAGUUUAAAAAUCUUGCCUACAGCGUUUCCGAGGGCAGAAAACGAGGUUACAAGACGAUUUUAAAAUGUGUAAACGGAAAAUUCAGAUCCGGCGAAUUGACGGCCAUUAUGGGUCCUUCGGGUGCCGGAAAGAGUACUCUGAUGAACGUUCUGGCUGGUUACAAAACGUCUCAUCUGAGCGGAUCGGUAUUGAUAAAUGGAAAGGAUAGAAAUCUUCGAAGAUUUCGAAAGAUGUCCUGUUACAUUAUGCAGGAUGAUCGAUUGCUUCCACAUUUGACUGUUCACGAGGCCAUGACAGUGUCUGCGAAUUUAAAAUUAGGCAAAGACAUCAGUGCAACGGCAAAAAAAGUUGUGAUCGAAGAAAUUAUCGAGACUCUUGGAUUAAGCGACGCCAGCAAUACUCAAACUCAUAACCUUAGCGGCGGACAAAGAAAGAGACUGUCAAUUGCUUUGGAGCUCGUCAAUAACCCUCCGGUUAUGUUCUUUGACGAGCCCACUUCUGGCUUAGACAGCUCCUCCUGCUUCCAAUGUUUGAAUCUACUCAAAUCCUUGAGUCGAGGAGGAAGAACGAUCAUAUGUACGAUACAUCAGCCAAGUGCAAGGCUGUUCGAGAUGUUCGAUCAUUUGUAUUUACUAGCCGAAGGGCAAUGUAUAUAUCAAGGGAACGUAGGUGGUCUCGUACCAUUUUUAUCGUCGAUGGGUCUCGAUUGUCCAAGUUAUCACAAUCCUGCAGAUUACGUGAUGGAAGUUGCAUGCGGGGAACACGGUGAGUGCGUUCACAAAUUGGUAAUGGCUGUGAAUAAUGGCAAAUGCAACAAUUAUCAACAUCAUCAAGCUGCGAUAGCGGCGAGUCAAACGGUUUCGAACGAUAUCGCAAAGCAAUCACCUACUCAAGAACAAACCAAACCAGAAGCUGGUAGCUUAAUACCAAAUGGUGUUGCAAAACCAGCCGCUGAUGGUACGGUCAUCAAUAUGCCGAUUUCUUGCACGACUUCUUUGCUCGACAGUGCCGAAAGUAUAGAGCAAAAAGUUGGCUUCCCGACCAAUGGAUGGGUGCAAUUUUGGAUUCUCCUUAAAAGAACCUUCCUUUCGCAGUUAAGAGACAUGACAUUAACGAGAACAAGGCUGAUUUCUCACAUAAUCGUUGGUUUUCUCAUCGGUGCUAUUUAUUAUGACAUCGGUAACGAGGCCUCGAAAGUAAUGAGUAAUGCCGGAUGCGUCUUCUUCACGGUGAUGUUUCUUAUGUUCACUGCUAUGAUGCCUACCAUACUCACGUUUCCCACAGAGAUGGCAGUGUUCGUGAGAGAACAUUUAAAUUAUUGGUACUCGUUAAAAGCUUUCUACUUUGCUAGAACUCUAGCCGACUUGCCCUUUCAGAUAAUCUAUUCCAUAGCUUAUGUUAUGAUCGUCUACUUUAUGACUUCGCAACCAUUGGAGACUGAGAGGUUUCUCAUGUAUCUAAAUAUAUGCGUGUUAACGUCAUUGGUAUCACAAUCAAUCGGUUUGUUAAUAGGUGCUGCAAUGAGCGUCGAGAGUGGGGUUUUCAUCGGUCCGGUAUCGUCGGUUCCGAUCGUCCUAUUCUCCGGUUUCUUCGUAAAUUUUAACGCGAUACCAUCAUAUCUAAGGUUCCUUUCUUACGUGAGUUACAUCAGAUACGGCUUCGAGGGUGCCAUGAUAUCCGUUUACGGCUACAAUCGUGCAAAGCUAAAGUGUUCCGAUGCAUACUGCCAUUUCAAGAGCCCGACAAAAUUUCUAGAGGAGAUGUCGAUGGAGAACACCGUUUAUUGGGUAGACGUUGUCGCCCUUGUUGGUUUCUUACUCGGUCUAAGAGUCGUCGCCUAUUUCGUCUUAAGGCUGAAACUUCGAUCUCUUCGUUGAAACCGAUUCGACGACGUCGAUGCUCCAAUGGCGAUGGCAGACAAUAACAUGAAAGAACAAAGAAAAUGAAGAGAAAAUGAAAGAGAAAGAAAAAGAGAAAAAGAAAGAAAGAGAAAAACGAAAGCACGACGGUCAAAGGUAUGGUUCUUCGUGGCCCAACAAACUUGCCUGACUUUUUUCAGAAAGAAAGAAAGAAAGAAGAAAGAAAGAAAGAGAGAGAAACAAAAUAAAAAGAAAGAAAAAGAAGUAAGCUCCUUCGACGCGUUUUUACUUCCACGGAGAAGAGCUUCGAUCGAGACUGGAUCGGAUUUUCCAAUGCCAGACACUUUUUCCAUAAGCGAUCCAAUGAUAUUGUCAUUAGCAUUUUUAUAAUAAGAAAAGAGAUCUCCCACAAGGUUUCUGGCGUUGGAAAAUGAAUCAUGGAAGUAAGUGAUAAAAAAGAAAAAAAAAAAAGGAAACCAUCGUUCGCUCUGUUAAUAUAACAUACAUACACGUACACACACACACAUACUGUGUUUCCUUGUGCUUUUGAUAUUAUCCGACUUUUAUAAUUUGACUUUCUAGAGAUCGGUAAAACUAUACACAUCACUGACUCUUAUUAUACACAUAUAAACACAAACACAAAGAUACAGACAGCAGACAAACAGAGAAGCAUAGAAGAAAAUUGUAGUUUCGAUUAUUACCGAAAUUUAGCAGCUAAAGAGUUCAUAGGCAGGACAAUUAAAGUAUGAAGCCUAAUUAAAAUUUCAUCGAAUUAUUACGGAACUAUCAGAGAAAGAGAGAGAAAGAAAUAAAGAUAAAAGAGAGAGAGAGAGAGAGAGAGAGA